AUGUCUACUGUAGAAGUUUCACUGACAGUGGGUAAACUGGAUGCUUCAUUAGCAUUAUUAACCACUCAAGAUCAUCAUGUAAUUGAGUUUCCAACAGUAUUAUUACCAGAUAAUGUUAGGGCUGGUUCAAUUAUUACCAUGAAUGUUCGUGAAAAUAUUCCUGAAGAACAAAAGCAAAGAAAAACGUUUGAGGAGAUUCAACAGAUUAUUUUGGAAAAAUAUGGAUCAAAAAAGCCUAAUCCACCAGUACUAAAAGUUAUUAAUACUACGCAAACUAGUUGUGUAUUAUCGUGGGAACAAUUAUCACUAGGUUCUGCUAAGUUAAAACAACUAAUUCUUUAUAGACAGGGGGUACGUUCUAUUAUAAUCCCUAAUCCUUUCAAAGUUACAUCCACUAAGAUAUCUGGCCUAUCUGUGGAUACACCUUAUGAAUUUCAAUUGAAAUUAAUUACUACAUCUGGUCAAUAUUGGUCAGAAAAGGUAAAAGUUCAUACACAUAAAAUGACAGACAUGUCUGGUAUAACAGUUUGCCUAGGUCCAUUAGACCCCUUAUUAAAUAUUAAUGAAACACAGAUUGAAGAUUGUUUAAGGAUUAUUGGCGCAAGAAAUUUACAAAAACACGUUGCUAUCGACACCACACAUUUUAUUUGUAACGAUGUUGAUAAUGAAGAUGAUAAGGAGUUGAUAAAAGCGAAGAACAAUAAUAUUCCUAUUGUCAGACCAGAGUGGAUCAGAGCCUGUGCAGUAGAAAAGAGAAUUGUUGGUGUUAGAGGAUUUUAUUUAGAUGCUGAUAAGGGAAUUUUAAAAAGUUAUCCCUUCCCACCUGCAUCGUCCACAUCACCACUACCUACAGCUUCUUCAGGUGUUGAAGAGGAAUUGGGUUCUGAGAAAGAACUAACUCAAACAACGGAAGACACAAGGGAAAGUGAUACAGAAAAUCCUUUAGCAAAUGAGGAGCCUACUACCAAAGAUAUAGUAUCUGAGAGUUCUUUAGCUGAAGAUUAUAACACUGAAAAUGUAUCCAAUGAUAAGAUAGAACCAACGGAAGUUGAUGUUAGGGAUUCAGAAUCUAAAGAUAAAAAUCUGUUUAGUGAAAAUAUUGUUAAUAAAGAACUAGUCUCGAAUGAUUCCAAGGAUACUGAACCAAAGAGAGAAGAAGAAGAAGAAGUAAUUACAGAUGAAAUCACAUCUGACCAAACAAGUAGCAAAGAAACAGAGGAAAACCAUGGCACAUCCGAUGAACCAAAAGAAGAAAACAUAGUUACAUCUGAACAAAAUGCCACCAAAGAAACCGAAGAAACUCAAAACACUCCUGAUGAAACAGAGGAAGAAAAUGUGACUAUAUCUGAACAAAUUAUCAUCAAAGAAGUUGAGGAGACUCAACACGCUCUUGAUGGAUCAGAUACUCAAAAUAGUAUUGAUGAGGAAAUAGUUAGAGAAGAACCAGUUUCUGAAGCAUCUACGGGCAUUGUUUAUACAACAAAUACAUACAUGGCACAAGAAACAGGUAUUAAUGAAACCGGUUCAGAAGGCACAGUCACAGAACAAUUAUCUGAAAAUCAGUUGGUAGAUGAAGAACCUCGUGUAGACAAUUCUGUUAUUAAGGAAGAAAAACAACAGGAAGAAGGUGAAGACGAAUGUGAAGACGAAUGUGAUGAUUCAGAAACUAAUGACGUUGGUACCACAAAUAUAAAUACUAAUAAGAAAAACGAUGCUGCCAUUAGCAGUGCUAAGUCCAACAGCAACAAAAAGAAAAAUAAAAAGAGAAAAAACAAGAAGCGUUGA